AUGAAACAUCCCUCUCUACUCCCAGCCUUGGUGUUUGCGGCGAGGGUCAUCGCGUUUCCCUCCUAUGCUUCGUUGGCCGGUCUCAGCGAGCGUGAAUUUGAAUCUAUCCUUCCUACGCUCGAAUACCGAGAACCAGCAUUACCUCCUGGCCCUCAAAAGGACCCCUCGGCCAAAUUGGUCAACGACAAGGCUCACCCGUGGAAACCGCUUCGACGAGGUGACAUCCGCGGGCCUUGUCCAGGUCUGAAUACAUUGGCCUCUCAUGGGUAUCUCCCCAGAAAUGGAGUCGCGACUCCGGUUCAAAUCAUCAACGCGAUUCAGGAAGGAUUCAAUAUGGAGAAUUCACUCGCCAUCUUCGUGACGUAUGGGGCACACCUUGUGGACGGCAAUCUCAUUACAGACCUGUUGAGCAUUGGACACAAGACACCGGUCACCGGUCCCGAUCCUCCACACCCAGCUAUUGUUGGUGGACUUAAUACGCAUGCAGUCUUCGAAGGGGACGCUAGCAUGACAAGAGGUGACGAUUUCUUUGGCAACAACCAUGAUUUCAACGCAACGCUCUUCGACCAGUUCGUUGAUUUCAGCAACCGGUUUGGAGCAGGGAAGUAUAAUCUCACGGUCGCAGCAGAGCUCCGAUUCAAGCGUAUUCAAGACUCAAUUGGUACCAACCCACAGUUUUCCUUUGUAUCACCUCGAUACUUCACUGCCUAUGCCGAAUCUGUCUUCCCUAUCAACUUUUUCAUUGAUGGACGCAGGAACGACGGUCAGUUGGAUAUGGACGCUGCGCGAGGAUUUUUCCAAUUCAGCCGUAUGCCUGACGGCUUCUUCCGCCCAAACGGAACAAGAAGCACGGAAGGACUCGACCAAGUUUUCCUGGCACAUCCUAUGCAGCCUGGAGCAAAUCUUGGCCAAGUCAACAGCUACACUCUCGAUCCCACAUCCGCAGAUUUCUCCACCUUCUGCUUGUUGUACGAGAAUUUUGUCAACGAAACCGUCAAGGGGCUCUACCCGAAUCCAACUGGAAAACUUCGAAAAGCACUUAACACCAAUCUUGAUUUCUUCUUCCAGGGGUUGAAUGGUUCUGGGUGUGAGCAGGUAUUCCCCUACGGGCGAGAUUGA